AUGCUCCAGGUAGGGUCCAAGGCAAUGUUGAACAGGCGAGCGUUUAGCGACGUGUUGCCGGAUCCACCACGCAGCUCGCGGCGCAAGGAGGAGGCUCGACAGGUGGAGUUCGUGCGGAUCGGCCAGGCGCUCAAGCUAGACACCAUCGUCAAAGGGGACGCGCCCACCAGUCUGGCCACCACGGGCCUGUUCAAGCGGGCGCCCUGGGAACCGCAGUGCUUUUACCCUGACUUUGGCCAUGACAUCGUGUGCGGUGACUCGUGGGCCGACAACCGGCUGAUCAUCAGCACCGACAACAGCGGCGUGUUCGUAAUCGAAGACGGAGUGUCUCAGAGACAAAUCUUCGACAAGACCAUACAAGCCAAUCAGUUGAACGUCGUGGAAGCCCACGGUAUUCUUUUGUUCAGGACCGAAAAAGGACGCGACAGUAAGAUAUACGUGUUCAGACUGUCUGAGUUCGAUGCGGACAUGCAGACGGAAGUAAAAAGCAAACCGGACCUCAAAGACCAUAAACUAGAACGCACGAGGGGCUGCAGUAUGUACGCGAUUAGUAARCCCGGAGGUUCGAGGCUCAAAAUGGAAUUCCAAAUCGCCGAACAGCCGUCGAUCAUCACGUUGAUUGAGUCAGCCGUCGGUGCCAACUCGGACACGUGCAGUAUAUGCGUCGGAUACAAACAUCAGUUUGACAUCAUCACCGACGGAUCGGGCACCGCCCGCCGGUUGUUCGCCGUCCAAGAGGGUACCAAAGCUCACCUGGUGUCGGCCACCGAUCUCUACGAGGACGAAGAGCCCGAGUUGCUGUUGUGCUAUAACAACACUUGUCAUUUUCAAAAACUCAGCGAGACGAAAAAUACGACCGAAUUUGAUUUCCAUUGGAAUUCCAUUCCGAAAGACAUAGUGUGUUCUUUCCCGUAUAUCAUAGCAUUUACCACGGAUACAAUGGAAAUCAGACUUAUAAUCAAUGGCAAUCUAGUUCAGACAAUGGCUAUGCCAAAACUAAAAUUAAUUUGUUCCAAGAACGACAUAUAUUUUGCUACUACUGCUCCAGAAUUUUUCCACGGGAAAAUGGAGAGACUCCAAAUGGACCAACAGAAAGCAGAACGAGAAAGCAUGUCACCACCUGCUUCGCCACAUUUGUCUCCGGAAACUAAACCAUUGCGCCUGUACCGGAUACCUUUGAACGCGCUCACCGGCGUGGUCGGCCCGUACGACCGAAAAUGCGUCAACGAGGCCGACGACUCGAACGAGAACAAGACCGUCGAGAACCUCAAACUGUCGGAUAGCAAGUCCAGGACGUCGGCGAGCAGGAGUUGCACAGCUUCGCCGACAAUAGGUCUGAACGCGACUAAUCUGCUGCUGCACAAGACAUGAACGUUCCGACGUUUGUUACAAUCACAAUAUAAAUACAAAAAUACUUUAACGCGUAAUUGCAUGAUAUUUUCAAAACAAAUUAUUAUUACCGAGCAUCACUAUAUCGGUGGCAUAUUCGAGCGGCAAUCUGCCACCUUCAUUUACCAGUCAUGGUUGACCCGCAGACCACCGGCGGUACAUUUUUUUUUUCAUUUAAUUAAAAAAAAAAAUUAUUUCCAUUCCCGACGCCUGUGCGAAACCGCAUUCACUUAUAUAAUAUUAUAAACAUUUUUAUACUACCAUCGCGGAGGAGGAGUGCGUCAUAUCAUUAUGCGAUKCAAAUGCACAAUAAGUACAUUCGUAUGCCAAAACCGCUUGGAUACACUACCUACUAUACAGUCUUUUAAACUAUUUUUGUUAUUAUAAUAAUAACUAUCAUUAUUAUUAACUGUAUAUUAUAUUA